AUCUCUUCCAUACAAUUACCAUAUUCUCAAAAACAAAGAAAAAAUCUUCCAUACCAUAUUUCCUAUUUUUUUUAAUUCAAUUCCUUAAUUUUUGAUACACUAUACACAAAUCUUAUAGUAAUAGCCAAAAUUUCAAACCAUGUCUUACUCAUCCAAAUUACCUUUGGUUAUGUUCUUUUGUUCCCUUUUUAUCCAUGCAUCUUUUGCUGAAGUUGUAUGUGAGGAGUUGCAAAAGGAUUUAUGUUCUUUCUCAAUAGCUUCUUCGGGAAAACGGUGUUUGUUGGAGACAGAGAAGGCCGCGGAUGGUGGCGUAGAAUACCAGUGCACGACAUCGGAAGUUGUGGUGGAGAGAAUGGCAGGAUACAUAGAGACAAAUCAAUGUGUGAAAGCUUGUGGAGUUGAAAGGAAUUCUGUUGGAAUUUCUUCUGAUGCAUUGCUUGAGCCACAAUUCACUGCCAAACUUUGUUCACCAUCUUGUUACCAGAAUUGCCCCAAUAUUGUUGAUCUUUAUUUCAAUUUGGCUGCUGGAGAGGGUGUGUUUUUGCCUGACCUCUGUGAGAUGCAAAAGACCAACCCUCGCCGCGCUAUGGUCGAGCUUGUGAGCUCUGGAGCUGCAUCUGGCCCUGUUUCUUAUGUGUCAGAGGACAUGCAUGUAGCAUUUGCCCCUGCUCCUCUGUAAAAAAAAAGUACCUUAGUCCCAUGAAUUAGUUCUCAAUUUAUCUUUUGCAUAGAUGGGAAAGAAUUAGAAAGUACUCGCAUUAUGUUUUGGGAUUUGAUCAUUGUAAUAAAAAUCUUUAAUUUGUUGGUACUCAACGAAUUUUCAAAAUUUGAAAUUAGUUUGUACUUCAAAUAAUUUCAAUAAAUAAAAUGUA